AUGUCCCAUUCUGGAGACGCAGUAGAACUGUUUUACAGUCAGCAGCAGCAGCAGCCGUUUAUUCGAUCGGAACACGAAAACGGCGAUGAGAAGGAAAUGGACGUUUCGCAGCUGCAAGUGGCUGCAGACGCGCAUCAACAGCAGCAGCAGUCAGCGGCCUUCUCUCACGGAGACCUAGCACCCCUAGGACCUCCAGCUGCGAGCAACCAAGAAUACGUAAUAGUUUCACCACUGGAAACCGGCCCGUUGCCGCAUCCGGGACCAGGUUUUCUUGUCGGACCAGCUGCGGGGUUCGAACGACCCAUGGGUCAUUCGCCACCGGACAUGGCAACAGCACAAGAGCGCAGUGCGAACAUGGUCACAGGCCAAGGCGCUCUCGAAGAGCAGCAGCAGCAGCAUCGGACCGCAGCCGCAACGAUGCCGUACGGUAGCUACGAUGCUGCGAUAACGGUCAGCCCUAACGCGUACAGGAUGAUCCCGACGCCCUGCAAUGGGUUUCAGCCAGCUGCCGAGACGGCGGCACCGCCGCCGCCACCUCCGCCACUGCUAUCGCCGCCACCGUUACCGCCCCCACCGGCUCAAUCAAUCCUUCAGACCGUCUUGGAUCUGUCGCCUUUUUCCAAUGCGGCCCUUCCGUACGGCAUGAUCCCGCCACUGCAAGGCAACGCCGACAGCGGCUGCCUGCCGUUAACGGAGCCUCUAAACGGUAGUGUCGGUGUUGUAUCCGCAUGCCCUAUGGAGCCGUAUUUGGCGGUGGCGGCGGCGCCGCCGCCGCCGCCAUCGGCGUUCUCCCCUGCGGCGGCGGCGGAUGUUCAUGUCCCCGCGCACCUCUCCUGGAGCGCCUCGCCAAUAGAAGCGGCUCAACCGACACCCGCGCAGCUGGAGCUCCGUGAAGGACAACCGCUGCCGCUGCCUCUGUCGCUGCCGCCAGCAGACAUGCGCUUUGAGCCCGCGGAGGGUGAUAUGUACGGCGACAUGUACGGCAAUGCCAGUGGCAAUGUCAGUGCCGGCGAUGUGGCAGCUAUCCAAAUGGACCCUUUCGGGUCCUUCCUUACGGUGCAGCAGCACAUGCAGCUGCUGGCUUCACUGGCGCAUGAGAAUGCCAACCUCCACCACCUGCAGCCCCUGCAACAGCCGCCGCAGCCGCCGCGGCCGCAGCUACCGGCGACGGCACUCUCACCACCGACGUUGCCUGAGGAACCUCGCCUUUCUCUCGAGUUGCUGGGUUCGAGCCUGCCAACCAACAACGGCAUCGAUAGGCCUUCGAAAGCGGCUCAUAACGCCGACGGCUAUUCGAAACUGACAUGCAUCGCUGCCGGCCCACCGCUGGCAGUUGUGACGGGUACGGCAGCAAGUGGCGGUGGAUUGCCUGAGAGGUCCAUCAGCUUCAGCGGCUUUUGGGGACCCCAGCUUGGACCGAGGGAGGCGCCGCCGCCGCCGCCGGCGUCCGCGCCGCCGCUGCUGCUCUCGGCGGCAGCGCACCUCGACGGCAUGCCGCUGCAUUUGCUACAGCCUACGGCUGCGCUGGCGGAGCACCCUCCAGGUGCUACAGCCGUAAGCGGUAAUGGCGGGGGUGUAGAGGUGCCGACGCUGCAGCCUGUGUACGGCACUGCAACGGAGGCCGUCACACCACGGCUGAUUGCCAGUCAUGCCUCAUCCUUUGCGCUCUUCUCCCCGCCGCGCUAUGCCGUACAACCUGCGCUGCCGCCACAGCCAUCGGCGCCACUUCCUCAGCUGAUCUUCCCAGGGCAGUCACGUACGGAGCAAGAUUAUAUGGCGCCGCCGCCGCCGCCGCCCCAUCAGCACAUCUUCGUGCCUGUGGAUUGCACGGAAACGCAGCCGCCGCCACAGCCACCACAACCGCGUCAUGUGCAGCCGCAAGAUGCGCUGCAGCAGAGACUGCUAGCAAAAUUUGGACCUGGAUUGCAGUACGACACGCUAGGAGUUGCUGUACCUGACGUGACGCCACCGGAGGUGACGGCGACAGCGGCGGAGACCAACGAGGUGCCGGUGGUGGCGGCGGCGGCGGCGCUGGAGGGUCCGCUGUCAACGUCACCCGGCACCGUGGCCAUGGAACUCGACUUUGGAGCCGCCGCCGUUGAAAAGGUCACCUGCGGUGGCGGCGUUGACUGCAUUAAGGAGGGUGACGGCGGCGGCGACGGCGUCACGAGUGCAUUUCUACUAUCGAAUGGCUGCCGUACAGACGUGGUCGACGGCGGCCAUGGCCUUUCUCCGUCAGGGGCCCUUACUUGGCAGGUCAUGAACGACGGCGGCGACAUCAACGGCCACGACGAGCGGCUACAUGGUGUACUGCACUCGUUAGAUUCCUCGCCUCGAUUCGGCGUCGGCGGCGGUACGGCUACGGGUACGGGUACGGACGAUGCCGACAGUGGCGCUGCCGCCGCCGCGGGCGGCAAUUGCAAACCUUACAACAACAACAUCAACAACAACAACAAUAACAACAACAACGGCGGCGGCGGCAACGGCGGCGGGAUGUCGACGCCGACGCCGGCAGCUCUCGACUGCGGUAGUAGCCGGAUGCUUGACAAGGUGGGCCCCAGCGGCGCAAGCAGCGGCGGCGGUGGAGAGGGAAUCGCAGAGCGGCAGGGCAGCAGUACGGCAGCGGCGCAGCGAUGGCUGGAGGACGUUGGCGUGCCCGCUGAAGCCGGCACGCUGCGGAGUACGGCAGCGGGGCUCCAUAGCGCGGAUGUCCCCUGCGAAGGAUUACGGAGUGGGGGCAAUGAGGGCGCUGCCGUACCGGCGGCGACGGCGACGGCCGAGGGCGAGGAGGGGCUGGAACGUGGUAUCGCGGAUGAAGAUGUCCUUGACGACGGUGUACGGCAGUCGACGGAGGCGGAGGCUUCAGAACAUCGGGACACUGACUCGCUGAUGAUGCCGAAUGCGGCGACGGUGGAGGCGGCGGAGGCGGAAGACAAGAGCCGUGUUCUGACCAGCGGUACGGGCGCGGCGCCGCAGGCAUGGGACGAGCGGCAGUCGCGACGGCGGCGGUUGCUGCAAGUGCGGCGCAGCACGUAUCACGAGGUCGUACAGGUCGCAGAUGUAGCACCCCUCCUGGACCUUCAAGGAGUUCAGCUCUACACCAUCAACCAUGCAAGGGUGGUGUUUCUCCGCAGCCGGCCUCAGGCCCGGCCCCCCAAGGGCGCCGCAAUGCCCUCCCGUUGCGAGCUGGACGGUCGGCAGCUGAUGGAUGUGGGGGCCAGAUACUGCUCGCUGAGAUGUAAGAUCGAAAUGGAGUCGGACAACAUCAUGCUGGAUCGCGACAGCCCCGCCGCUGCGGCCGUCAGGACACACGUGGAGGCGAUGCAGGCCGGGGACGGCGGCGCCGCUGCCGGACCUGCCGUACAACCCGUUGACACGUCACUCCGGUCGUCUUCGGCGCUCGGUCGAUCUAUGGGCGCGCAUCCGCGCCGUACAACGAUGACGCUGACGAAGGAUCCGACGACACCGACCCUGGCGUCGGCGUCGGACGUUGGGCCGGACGGCGGCGCCGCCGGCGAAGCGCUGGCGGCGAUUCAAGAGCCAGGGGAAGAAAGCCGAGGCAAGCGGCGUCGCAUGGAAUCGCCGUACGAUUUUCUCGGUGGCGUUCGGGGCUCCGUCAGCUCGGGAUCCCCCUCCGGCCGUGGCGGCCAUCGCGGAGCCAUGCCCGUAAUUAACCUCGCAAAGUACCGUACGGCGGGGCCGAGCUCUGUCGUACGCCGUACGGAGCAGCGCCAGCGUCAGGCGCAAUCGCAGCCUCUGCAGGGCUCGCUGCCGCUGCCACUCAGCGGCGCACUUGGAGGGUACGGCAGCGACGGCGUCGAUGGCCCACGGCGGGGACGGGGGACGGUACAAGAACCUGACGCCGGCGGCGGCGGCGAAUAUAACGCCAACGGUGCCGCUGGGCUGCUGCUCCUGGGGAAGGCCGUCGCUUCCAGCCCGCGCAGGGGCGCGCAGCCACGACAGUCCUGCCUGGCGCAGCGUCCAGCGGCCGCGCAGGCCACGCCGCCGUCAGUGGCGACGGGCCUGCCGGCGGUGCCGUCGCCGUCUACCCUUGGGGGUAUCAGCUUGCUGGCGGGGCCGCCAUCGCCCUCCCUCGAUCUUCGGCGGCCGACGGCGGCGGCAGCGGCGGCGGGGCCGCCGCCGCCGCAGCAGCCGCAGUCGCCGCGUGGCCCCGGCACUGCCUCAACUGGCAUAAUCGCCGUGGCAGCAGCUCUAGCGGCCGGUUCGCCUGGUCGGGGCCAGCGCAGCAGCGGAAGCGCGGGAAGCCUAGGGGUUGGCGGUGGUGGUGGCGGAGGCGCCUCCGCCGUAACCGCCGGUGGGGGCGCCUUCAACUUGCCGCCGCUACCAGGCCUUGAGCCCGAUCCCCUAUCUGGGUGGGCCGCUCUCCUCCGCCUGCAACUACCGUUGGUGCCAUCACCACAACGGCCACCGCCGCCGCUGCCUCUGCCGUACUGUGACCCCGCUGCCGUGGCGGAGGCGACGACGGCGGCGGCAGCGGCACCACCAGCGGGCGCACCACCAGCGAGGUCGCCGGGGCAGCGGAGGAGCGGCAGCAGGGGCCCGGCGUCGUCGCGAAGCCCUGCCAGUGGCGGUGGGGGCGGCGCCGGCGCUGGCGCAGUUCCCGCUGCUACUGCAACUGCUGCCGCCACCUCGGCAGUGGCAGUGGCAGCAGCAGCGGUGGCGGCUUCCCGAGGCCACACCCGUUCAAGCAGCGCCCACAGCCUUGACAGCGGAGAUACGAGGUCCACGAGCAGCCACCGCCACCUUCAGCAACAGCACUUUCUGCAGCAGCAGACACAGUACCACCACCACAAGCGAAAGGGUGGCAAGCCGCAUCGGAGCGCGCUGGAAUGA